AUCACGCCAUGUCAAAAUCAUAAUAUUUUGGUCGGACGAGUGUUGUGUCGGUUACUCAUUUAUCUCCACGUAUACCUCUGCAUUUAUCAUUUAUUCUAGUCCCAACAGAAAAACUGACGUUGAAGAAACUCAUGUGCUAGUAAAGAAGACCAGAUUCAUCAAGAUUUGAAUAUGACGUCAAGAUCAAGGACUUGUUUCCGCUACUUAAGUCCUGGGAACAGUGCUCUUCAAAGUUUGACACGACCCCCAGCCAGAUUCAUCAGUGGAGAUCGUGAGCUCAAUACCACCCAUAAAGAUCAUAACUCUAACGAAGAAAAUAUUGCAAUCUCAAGCAAAAAUACACUGAGAAAUUUCCGAGCUGCAAAUAUAUACGAUAUUGUUAAAGGCCAGUUCAAGGAUGUUGCGCAGCUUAAGGAAACUGUGGGAUUGGGGGCAGCUUUGAGACGCUUAGCUGCACUAAACAUUGACAUUCCCCAAAAAUAUCUUCCCAAUUAUAAAAAAUUGAAGGUUGGAUCCGUAAAGAUAAAACUACCUGAUAUGAAAAUACUUGACAGUGAUGCGGAUCGUCAAAGAGAUGAAGAAAAGCAAAUCAUUGAAUGGAAAAGGAAAAAGAAAAAUCAACUGGAAAUGAAAGUUAAGGAAAUAGAAUCCAAAACACAUCGUUAUAUGGAGAUAAAACGUGAAACACAUGACAUUGAAACUGCAAUGAAAGAAACUCAGGAAUCGGUGAAAGUCUUUUACGACUCUGUCCAAGAAGUUAAUAAUAAAAAUAAAAACAAUAAUGUAUUCAAUAUGAACAACAGUCCACCUAAAAAAGCGAAAAUGGAAACCCAGAAGCUGAGUUCCUCUGAAAGAAUGAUACAAAAUUUUCGAGAACUUAUAAGCAGUGAUAAAAAACCUCAAGAAAAUGUUGAAGGGAAAAAUAUUGAAAAAAGAGAAUGUGCGUCAAAAUCAGCUCUGGCUAAACAGUAUCGGGAGUUGGUGGUAGGUGUCGCCAGAGCGCAAUCUAAUAUGUCACGGUUGCAACGAUUAGAGAAACUCAACGAACAUUUAGUGCAAUAUCCUGAUGUUAGGCAUGUCACAAUGAAGGAGGAUAUUCUAAACAUACUUUUGCCUUACAAACACAGUCCAGACAAAGCCUUACGGGAGGAGAUUCGACAAACUCUUGCUCUUGUGGGUUACACUGACCCUGUGAAAGGGCGGGGCAUCAGAGUGCUGACUAUUGAUGGAGGGGGUACCAGGGGACUAAUCGCAAUUGAGGUGAUGAAGCGUAUACAAAAAAUGUGCAAUCGUGAGAUGCAUGAACUUUUCGAUUAUAUCUGUGGAGUUAGCACUGGGUCGCUAAUCGCUAUGAUGGUAGGGGUGUACCGCAUUCCCCUCGAGGAGUGUGAUAGGGUGUACAAAAUGUACGCGUACGAGAUGUUCAAACGUAGCAAACAUCAAGGCAUUAGUAGUCUUGUACAGAAACAGGCGUACUAUGAUACUGACCAAUGGGUCAACAUUUUGAAACAUCACAUGGGAGAAAAACUGCUCAUUGACACUGCCAAGGAUAUUGAUGUUCCGAAAAUGGCGACAGUGUCCUCCCUUUACAAUACACCUAUCAUCAAAAACCACAUUUUCCGUAACUACAACUUACCCUCUAGUGCCCUCUCCCAUUAUGUUGGUAGUUGUCAACACAAGGUAUGGCAGUCCAUCCGGGCAUCCUCAGCUGCUCCCGGCUACUAUGAGGAGUGUAAACUGGGCCAGUAUAUACACAGGGAUGGAGGUCUUUUCUCAAAUAAUCCAACUGCAAUAGCGCUCCAUGAGGCUCAGCUAUUGUGGCCCAACACAGACAUCCAGUGUGUUGUCUCACUGGGAACUGGAAGGUGGGAGCCACAGGUAGAGAAACUGGGAGAGUCUUUAAGUCUGAGACACCUGACUGAUAAGUUUAUUCAGAGUGCCACCGAUACUGAAGCUGUCCACACAACUCUGCAGGAUUUACUCCCAGCACAAACUUACUUCAGAUUUAACCCUUUCAUGGCUGAUGACUUUCUCCUGGAUGAAAAUCGGCCCGAAAAACUUGAUCUUAUUCAGAGAGAUGCCAGAACGUACCUCGAAAGAAAUGAUCAUAAAAUCAAGCGUGCGGCUCAGCAAUUGCUGCAACCGAAAAUGUUCCACCAAAAAGUGAAAGAUUAUUUACGUGAAAAGAAGGACACAUAUCUGUGAAUUUUUUAGUCGAUUUAGUCACUUUCACGAUGGGUUAUUUAGGCCAUAUUUUGCCCAAAAUGACUGCAUGAUUUGAAAACCACAUUGCCAAUAUAUAGCUCUCGCAUCAAAGGAUUUAAUAUGUAUUGCUGAAUUGCAUCAUAGAGCAACUGGUCCCAAAGUUAUUGUGGAAACACAAUUUGAUUGUGACAUGACACUGGUACAAAAAUAUUUUGACUCUUGGGCUAACUUUAUUUAGGUUAUAUUUCAUUUAAAAUCUAACUACACUAUUGCAAUUUAAAGGGAAUACCACAGCUAAAUCCAUAUAUUGUUUCAUUCAUUUUCAUAGAAUAAACUA